ACUGUCCUGUAGUUUCUGUCCUGCAGAAACAUAUUUAUUGCGCGUUGAAGACUCAGUCACGCACAUGUAAAAAAUGAAGUCCAUGCUUUUGCUCUUUUUCAUCAUUUGGUUUGCAGAUGCAGAACUAAAACUACGGAAAGGGUCCGGGGUGGUAUGUACUUUCAAAGACAAGACAUACAGCCCAGGAGACAGCUGGCAUCCCUAUCUGGAGCCCUUCGGAUUUAUGUUCUGCAUGCGCUGUGUCUGCACAGAGACAGGCCAUGUGAAAUGUAGCACGAUCAAGUGCCCCGCUCUGCCAUGUGAAAACCCCGUGGCUGAGCCUCAGCAGUGUUGUCCAAGAUGCACAGAUGAGCCCAGGAUCCCUGCAGGGCUGAGAGCCUCAGUGAAAUCCUGCAGGUAUAAUGGAAGCAUUUAUCAGCCAGGGGAGACCUUCACUAAGCACGACCUCUUCCCAUCCAAGCAAAGCAAUCAGUGUGUUAUGUGCACAUGCUCUAAUGGAAACAUCUUCUGUGCUCUGAAAACAUGCCAAUCAAUCACCUGUUCCUCACCAGUCUCAGUUCCAGAUACCUGCUGUUUGGUGUGUAAAGAUCAUGGCACCAGUGGGUCCUCAUCAACUGAGGAUGGAAACCAGCAACUGAACAGAGGCGUUAGGCAUUCAGUCGACCAAUGUCCUGGAGAGCCGAACAAGGCGCGGUCUGACCGUGCCACUCCACCCAAGGUCAGGACUUCUCCCAGAGGCCUGAGCCUGAGUAAACUUAACCUCAAAGGGGCUUCAGAGACCACUGUGAAGAUUUUGUUGCAGAGGAAACACCAAAAAGCCUGUUUAUACAAUGGCAAGACGUACUCUCAUGGAGACAUGUGGCACCCAGUUUUGGGGAAGGUCCUGGAAUGCAUCCUGUGCACUUGUAAUGAUGGUCUCCAGGACUGCAAACGCAUCACAUGUCCCAGCCAGUACCCAUGCCAACAUCCUAUGAAAUCAGUGGGAAAGUGCUGCAAGACUUGUCCAGAGAGUAAAGCUGAAAGUAACCAGACGCAGUGUUAUCUUGGAUUUAAAAAUAGCCUCUUGGUGUAUAAAGUGGAAUCAUCUUUGAGAAUUGACUCACCCAACACAGUUAGGGUCAUUGCUGUUGAAAAACAAAGUACUGCUGAAGUUGAAGUGCAAGUAUGGAAGACUGUAGAAGGUGUUUUACAAUUAAUGGAAAUUGGUGACGUUCAAAGAAAAGAUAUUAUGGAUCACCCCGAAAAUUACACAAUGCUUACAACACUUGAUGAAGACACAUGGAGAAAAUUUAAAGAGGAGGGAGAAAAUCUGAGUAAAGCUCCUCAGACCACAAUUUGUGAAGACGGCAUACGGGAGGUGGUGACUUUCCUAAAUCCCACGCAGAUUGAAGGCCUGUGUUCACCCUAAAAGUCACUCUCUAUAUUGAUACUCCCCAUAAGUACAUGGUUGACAUACAUACUUCAGUCAUGCAUGUUGCACUUGGGUGUCCUGCGUCAUUCCUGUCAUAAUUGUGGAAUUUCUCAUUUAUAAUAUUGUUGUUUAUCAGUUAAUUCAUACCUCAUUGUCCAUCAUGUUUUAAUCGUCACAUAUUUGUGUUGUUCAUUAUUGGGUUUAAAAACACAGGCUAUAGCAGUGUGGUUGACACCUGCCUUGGUCAUAAACUGGAAGAUGGUUCUGCCGCCACCCGUCAUCAUUCAAACAUGAUUAGAUUGGGUUGAUUUAUAUUGAACCUCUAAACAAAAUGCAACAAAAGUUAAAUGUGAAUGCGGAUUAUAGAGCUUAGAGCUGGAGACAGCCUUAGUACCCAGCUCCGAGUCUGUGUGUUGAGACUUUUUAGACUCAGCAACAUUUAGGGACAUUUUUGGAUCAGAAUCUCUCAAACAAACCCUUUGCUUAAGUAUAUGAAUAUAAUGUGUAUUUUAGAAUAUGCUGGGUGAGGGGCCACGUUCUGUUUAGAAUGUGAUGAGUUUUUUUAAGGAUUGUUAUGUGAUCAACAUAUUUAUUGUAAAUACAAAUGUCACCUUAUUUAAAGCGUAUUGGUUCUUGUUUGAUUUGUGUAUAUACAUUUGACUGUUUGAAUGUUGUCGUUGUUUUUGAAUGAAGUAGCAAAAGGCGAUCGCAUUGGGGUAAAUACACAGCUUUGCCAAAACUGUGUGUUUGUUAGUGAGAAAACGGCCUUCACAAUUCUUUCUUUCUGUUGUCAAAUAUAGACCUACUGUAGCUAUUUUUAUACAGCCACAGGAUUUGGUUUGUUAUCAUAGCCUAAUGACAUUUUACAACUCCACAUACCAGAAAUAUUUGUAUUUUAAAGUGGUCAUUGUUGAUGUAGCUGAAUGCACUCUGUACCUCUGCUCACAAUUUUAACCCAUAAAGUUUUCUCAGUGUUUUACACCA